AUGGUGCAGAACCAGGGUGAGAAGUGGAUCCUGCUGCUGCUGAAAUGGAACCUCCCCUUUCAUGCCAACUGCUCCUUUGAGACAAAACCUCCUCCCUUGGACCUGCAGAGCCGCUGGCAGGGUCGCUCAGGGCACGGUGAGUGCCACCAGCCACCUGCAGCCACCACAUCCCAGUGGAAGCGGGGACAGCAGAGGCACAGGAAGGUCUCUUCCUCCCAUCCCACCAUCAUGGAAAUCCCCCCCAAGAGUCCCGAUGGGAGCGAGAAGUCCCCCCAGUCCAAGGAGCUGAUCACCAGUGACACGGGCAGCACCCUGUGCAUGAGCUCCCGCAGCGAGUCCGUGUGGACCAGCGCGCCCAGGAGCAAGUGGGACAUUUACCACAAACCCAUCAUCGUGGUGUCCGUGGGAGCUGCCAUCUUCCUCUUCGGGAUGGUCAUCACCAGCCUGUCCUGCUUCCUGACCGAGAACAAAAGUGUUUACAAAAUGACCGGCCCGGCUUUCCUGUCCCUGGGACUGAUGCUCCUGGUCUGUGGCCUGGUCUGGAUCCCCAUCAUCCGCAAGAAGCAGAAGCAGAGGCAGAAGUCACAGUUCCUACAGAGCCUCAAGUCCUUCUUCUUCAACCGCUGA